AUGGAGUUGAAGGCGCCCCAGGCUGGGCAGCAAAGCCUGUCAGGCUUGGGGGACGUCACAGAGCUUCAGCUGGAGCUCCUGCUGCCUUACAGCUGGCAAUACGAACCAGAGGCACGAACUCGCAGUCAGCAGGUGCACAACAUCCGCGAUGUGCUGUUGUGGCUGUUGCCACAGAUAUCACCACAGGCGCGCACGUCUGACAACCAGGCAGGCCCUAGCACGCCCAGAAAACCGCGAAUUCUGAGCAGCCCUGGCUCGCCCCACAGCCCCAAGGGCGGUGGGUCCAAUCAGGCCUUUGAUGAGGUGGUUGAGGACAUAGCAGAGGCGGACGCACUGGAGAUAUACACGGCUGUCAAGCCCAGCGGCACGGAGAGGGAGCUGGAAGCCACCCUGCCACAGCUGACAUCGACGCUGCAUCGCCACCAGCGCAGGGCUGCAGCCUGGAUGGUGGACAGAGAAAUUGCAGCAGAGGCUCCCAGUGCGUCUGACGAACUGCACCCACUGUGGCGGGAGGUGACCUGUCUGGAUGGGCAGCGCUUCUAUGUCAACCCAUACACUGGGCUGCUCACUCGCACCCGGUUUUCAAAACCCAACCGAGUGCCGGGAGGCAUCCUGGCUGAUGAAAUGGAGAGCGAUGCGCGGCCAAAGCAUGAGCGCAUCGAUUGCACCUGCCCUGUCACUGGUGACACGCCUGGGGCAGAGGACUAUGCUGGGCUGUGGGUGCAGUGCGAUGAGUGCCAGGCAUGGCUGCAUGGCCACUGGGCCUAUAUCUGCCCCAAGUGCAUCAGAGCGCAUGCAAAUGCACUGGUGACGGUGGACUGUGGUGCCACCUUGAUUGUGAGCCCGGCUUCCAUAUUGAAGCAGUGGCAAACCGAGAUCACAAAGCACACACAUCCAGGAGCCCUCAAGGUGUUGGUGUACGAGCAUGCUGGCUUGGAUGCUGAGCGGGGGGCGCCAAGCAAGGGCUUGUCUGCCCGCGAUUUUGCUGCGGCCGAUGUAGUGCUCACCACCUAUGAGACACUGCAGAAGGAUGUCAACAGGCAAGGCAAUGUGACAACUUACGCCCUGCGCCAGGCAAAAAAGUACGAGGUGCUACCAACACCGCUGACAAGGCUGCGCUGGUGGCGGGUAUGUCUGGACGAAGCCCAGCUCGUGGAGAGCACCACAGCAAAGGCUGCCAAGCUGGCCGUCAACAUCCAGGCGCAGCACAGGUGGUGUGUGACGGGAACGCCGCUGAGCAGGGGCCUGGAGGACCUGUAUGGCCUGUUCUACUUCCUGCAUGCGCACCCCUACAGCGACCGUUUCUGGUGGCAUGAGGUCCUGCAGAAGCCAUACGUGGCCGGCUGCCCUGCAGGUCGGAAACGGCUGAUGGCGCAGCUGAAGCCAGCCGAGGGGGGCAUAUUCUGGCGCACCUCCAAGGCUGACGUGGCGCAUGAGCUGGCGCUGCCGCCACAGUCCCACCGCACCACCUUCCUCACCCUCUCCGCCAUCGAGCGCCACUUCUACAUGCGCCAGCACCAGGCAAACACCCUCCUACAUGCUGAUUGUGCAAGCAAGGCGAGGGCGGUGUUGCCGGCAGAGUUGCUGGCAGCGCUGGAGGCCGGCCGCGCGGGUGAUGAGGCGUUCCGGCGGCUGACGCGCGCCGAAGAGAAGUCGCUGCUGGGCAAUCUGCUGCGCCUGCGCCAAGCCUGCUGCCACCCCCAGGUGGGCAGCCGGGGCAUCAAAGCGCUGAAUGCUGCCAAGACGCCGCUGAGCAUGGACUCCAUCCUGGAGGUGCUGGUUGAGAAGGCGCGGGUGGAGGCAGAGGAUGCGCAGCGCAUCCUGCUGUCAGCCCUCAACGGCCUCGCUGGCCUCAUGCUGAUCGAGGAUGACAAGACGCAGGCCGUCGCUCUUUACCGCCAGGUGUUGGCGACGGCCGAGGGCAACAAGGCGCUGAUUCGGCUGGACCCGCUGCAGAAACUGCACACGCUGUCCAAUCUGGCCGAGCUGCUGGGCAGCGGAGUUCCCGGCGUGCCGCAUACCCUCAGGGAUGACUCGCUGGGGGCAGAAGCCGAGAAAAUCCGCGAGGAGUACCUGGUGCAGUGGGUGGCCAAGGUGGCGGCCGCUGAGAAGGACUACAGAGCAGCGCUGGAUCACAUGGAGCGCCCUGGCGCGGCUGCAGAGCAAUCUGAGACGGCUGCAUGGUUCAAGGGUCCUGGCAGAUCUGGGGGCGCAGCACCAAGCAGCAGCAGCGCCCCAGCAGCAUCAGAGGAGGUGGAGCUCUGGUACCUGGACGCCAUCGACCUGAUACUGCAGAACAGCGACGACUAUGGCGAGCGCGCAGCCUCGGCCAUCCGAGACCAGCUCUCUGUCAUCGACGAAAUGCGACGGAAGACGGAGAGGAAUGCCACAAGCUUGGCGCGGCGAAUCACUGGCCUGGCCGGCCUGAAGCUCCUGCUGCGCAACGAGCUCGGGGCCUCGGCGGCCGCGCGCGAAAAGGCGCUGAAGAUGCUGCAGGACUUGUCAGACGUCAAUCACGCCCGGCCUGACAGCCUGGUGGAGCAGGCAGCAACUUGCGGGCGGUGCCGGUCCGAGCUUGGAGAAGCAGGACGAGUGUGCCGCCACUGCAAGAUGGAUGACGUGUGGCUGGGAUGGGAGAUGCGCCUGUUCAGGCUGGACACGCGCGCCAUGGAGGCCGGCGCCCACGUGUCCCCAGAGGACGCCCUCCGACAGGCGCAAGCGGCCACGCUGCGGCACAUUGGGCGCGGCGGCCUGGAUGAGGAAGCGGCCAUGCAAGCGGGCGGGGACGGGGCUGCGGGCGCGUCUGACAUGGGACGAGAACUGGUAUCAACGGUGGAGAUUGUGAGGCACCCCAGCGAGGCGGAGCAGGUGCUGCGCAUGCUGCCCGGCCAGCUCAGAGGCCUCAAGCACCUCCCUCAGCGCGCAGCUGCGCAGCGGGAGGCGCUGCUGGCGGCGGCCAAGGCAGCGCUGGAUCGGCUGGAGGCCGGCCGCCGUGUGUUCCUGCGCGGCCGCGCACUCGCCCUUGCGCAACGCUUCGCGCUCUAUGCCCGCGACGAGCUCGCCAUGAGCACGCUGCGCAUCCGGGUGCGGGUAUCGGGGGAGUAUGUCAAGCCGCACGAGGUACACUUCAAGCUGCAUCCUGCCGAGAUCCCCGUCAAGAACAAGGAGCUGACAACGGAGCGCAUUGUAGCAGAGGCGGACUUGAACAAGCAGCUGGGCACGCUGCGGUACCUGCGCGGCCUGCGCGCUGCACGCCAGCGCAUGCAGGCAGGUGCCGAGCGCGCUGAGCAGGCUCCAGACAAGCAGAACAGCGAGCCAGCUGCAGUUAGCAGCGAGGCGGCUGCGGAGGUGGAGGUGUGCCCGGUGUGCCAGGAGCCACUGGGGCAGGAGCUGACGAUGCUGCCCUGCGGUCACCAGCUGUGCGUGCGCUGCCACAUGGCCAUCCUCGACCGCAUUCCCCCCUACAUCCCCAUGGUAAACAGGCACAUCCACUGCCCAACGUGCCGGGCGCGGACAAAGGUGACGGACAUCGCGCUGGUGGACGCCGGCCGCUCGGCAGCCAAGGAGGAGGGACAGAGUGAUGCGCUCGCGGAUGAGGAGCAGAUCGUGGUCAGCGGCAGCUACAGCACCAAGGGCCAGAAGAAUGCCUGA